CAACGCCGGAAGAUCUGAGCCGCUAAUCUCAAAGGACCCACAAUCUUCUACGGCAAAGAUCUAUCCGGUCUCGAACUCCCGGACCUCCAUAUCAUACUCGUCCCUUUCCCAUUCCCCCAGCAAAUCAACCAGUUGCAGACUCGCAGAUCUUGAAUCCAAUCGACGACAUACAGCUCUUUCAUCUCUGCCAUGUUUGCGCAACCAAAGAUCCGAAGCUAGAAUCCGUUCAUCACGAAUCAGAAAUGGCGAUAUCAUCGAUGAUUCCCAAUUUCUGGAAAGAAAAGAAAAACGCGUUCGCACUCGUCUUCUUCCUCCUGCUCAUUUUCCUCACUUACCUUCUAAUCUCCGACUCCGAGUUUCUAACCGAGCCGGUCUCCUUCGUCUCCGAUCAGCGCUCGUCUCUUCCCGGCGGUCCACCAAACGGCGGCGUUUUGCUCAACAAUAGCUCGGGAAUCGCCAAUUCAACCGUAACUGCCAACGAAACUAAUGUCGGUGGGGCCGUCGACUACUCCGGUGCGGUCGGUGACGACGACGACGACCGCGUGGUCGGGGUGGAGUGGGAGCUCUGCAAGGGAUCGUCGGCGGUGGAUUACAUACCGUGCUUGGAUAACUCGGAGGCGAUUAAGAAGCUGCCGUCGCGCAGGCACAUGGAGCACCGGGAGAGGCACUGCCCCGAUCCGAGUCCGAGAUGCUUGGUUCCGUUGCCCGCCGGAUAUCGAGCUCCGGUGGCGUGGCCGAAGAGCAGGGAUAUGAUAUGGUACAACAAUGUUCCUCACCCAAAGCUCGUCGAAUAUAAGAAAGACCAGCAUUGGGUGGUGAAAUCAGGCGACUAUUUCGUCUUCCCAGGCGGCGGGACGCAGUUCAAGAAUGGAGUCGACGAGUACAUUAACUCCCUCGUGAAGGCUUUACCGGAAAUUGAGUUGGGGAAGAAAAUGCGGGUGAUUCUUGAUGUUGGUUGUGGCGUUGCGAGCUUUGGCGGUGCAAUGAUGGAGAGAAAUGUCCUCACGAUGUCGUUUGCCCCAAAAGAUGAACACGAGGCUCAAAUACAAUUUGCCCUCGAACGAGGAAUCCCGGCUACGCUCUCGGUGAUCGGAACGCAAAAGCUGCCGUUCCCGGACAAUUCUUACGAUCUUAUUCACUGUGCUCGUUGUCGGGUCCAUUGGGACGGCGACGGUGGGAAACCGUUGAUGGAGCUGAACAGAAUUCUCCGGCCCGGAGGAUAUUUCGUAUGGUCAGCGACGCCGGUUUAUAAAAACAACGAAAGAGAUCAGAAUGUCUGGAAAUCUAUGGUGGCUCUGACAAAAUCGAUCUGCUGGGAGACGGUGGAGAAGACGUUUUUUGAAUCAUCCCAAAUCGGCGUCGUCGUUUAUCAGAAACCUUCGUUGUCCGCCUGCUAUCAGAGCCGAGAAAAGAAGGAUCCGCCGCUAUGCGAAUCCGGAAACAAGCGAAAUAGCUCAUGGUAUGCGCCGCUCGACGAUUGCCUCGCGCCUCUUCCCGAAGACUCCAACAUAUGGCCGCCGCCCUGGCCAAAACGUCUCACCGAACAACCCAGAAGCCUCCCGGCACAACCGGAUGCUGCAGAAGCUUUUAGAGGCGUUACCCGGCACUGGUCUGCGCUCGUCUCGGAGGUUUAUCAAGGCGGCAUCGACGUAAAUUGGUCGAGCGUGAGAAACGUUAUGGACAUGAACGCAGGCUACGGAGGAUUCGCGGCUGCGCUCAUAAACCUCCCCGUGUGGGUGAUGAACGUCGUCCCUAUCCACGAACCGGAUACUCUUCCCGUCAUCUUCGACAGAGGGAUGAUCGGCGUAUACCACGAUUGGUGCGAAUCUUUCAACACAUACCCUCGGACCUACGAUCUUCUUCACUCGAGCUUCCUUCUUGGGAAUGUGUCGAAAAGAUGCGAUCUGGUAGAAGUGGCCGCGGAAAUGGACAGGAUAUUGAGACCGGGCGGGUACGUGGUGGUUCAAGACACGCUGGACGUCGCGGUGAGGCUGAAGCCGAUUUUGAAAUCCCUUCACUGGGACGUCGGAGUUUAUCGGGACAAGUUUCUGGUUUGCCGGAAAGGGUUUUGGCGGCCGCCGGCGGGGAACUGAAGAUGAAGGGUGAAGAUGAAGGAAGUGUAUGUAUAGUGAGGUAUGUCUUUUGUAACUUAAUAUUCAUAUUGUGUUCGUAGUUUUUGCGCGAACAGGGGAGAGUUAUGUUUUGAGGAACAAGAACAAUAUACCACACGAACAAUUAUUUCGAUUUUGUUACACACGUGGGGGGGGGGGGGUUUUCACAUUGUGUUUCGUAUUACUGUAUUUUUAUUUUUUUUUAGAUACGAGAAGUUGAGUUGGUAAAGUUAAAAACAAGAUAAAUCGCA